AUGAUAGCUUUCAUGACCAUCGCCUUACUUGUUUCCGUGUUCCUGCUCAACUCAGAUCGUAUUCAGAAAGCCAUUGAGAUAUGCAGCGAAUGUUUGAUUUUACUAAAUAGCACCGAUCAAAACAGCAAAGACCAAUUUGAUUCAGUACUGCCACAAUGUUACAGCGACAUCUUUACAGUUCUUUUCAGCAAGAUGCUGUCUGUCUUAUACAGAGAGUCUGGAAUUAUGCUUCAAACACUUGGCGAAAACCUAAAGGCGAAGGAGCAUGUUGAGAGGGCCCUUUCCAUAGCUACCGAAAUUGGCGACAGAAGCGAAGAAGCAUCCUGUUAUGGAAACCUAGGUACUGUGUUUCAGUCGCUCGGGCAAUACGACAAGGCUCAAGAGUAUCUCCAAAAGGCGCUUGUUAUCAGAACUGAAAUUGGCGACAGAGAAGGAGAGUCAACUGUCUUCGGAAACCUUGGUAAUUUGUUUCGAUUGCUUAAGCAAUACGACGAGGCUGAAGAGUAUCUCCAAAGAGCGCUUGUCAUCAAAACUGAAAUUGGCGACAAAAGAGGGGAAGCAUCAUGUUAUGGAAACCUAGGUAUUGUGUUUCGGUCGCUCGGGCAAUACGACAAGGCUCAAGAGUAUCUCCAAAAGGCGCUUGUCAUCAGAACUGAAAUUGGCGACAGACAAGGAGAGGCAACUGACUACAGAAACCUAGGUACUGUGUUUCUGUCGCUCGGGCAAUACGACAAGGCUCAAGAGUAUCUCCAAAAGGCGCUUGUUAUCACAACUAAACUUGGCGACAGAAAAGGGAAAGCGUAUUGUUAUGGAAACCUAGGAUAUAUGUUUCUGUCGCUCGGGCAAUACGCCAAGGCUAAAGAAUAUCUCCAAAAGGCGCUUGUCAUCAGAACCGAAAUUGGCGACAAAGAAGGAGAAGCAAUUGACAACGGAAACCUAGGUACUAUGUUUCACUCGCUCGGGCAAUACCACAAGGCUCAAGAGUAUCUCCAAAAGGCGCUUGUCAUCAGAACCGAAAUUGGCGACAGGAAAGGACAGGAAACUGUCUACGGAAACCUUGGUACUAUUUUUCAGUCGCUCGGGCAAUACGACAAGGCUAAAGAGUGUGUUCAAAAAGCGCUUGUCAUCACAACUGAAAUUGGCGACAGAAAAGGAGAGGCAGCUAACUACGAAGAGCUAGGAUAUAUGACUCAGUGGCUCGGGCAAUACGACAAGGCUCAAGAGUAUCUCCAAAGAGCGCUGGUCAUCAAAACUGAAAUUGGCGACAGAAAAGGGGAAGCAUCAUGUUAUGGAAACCUAGGCACUGUGUUUCUGUCGCUUGGGCAAUACGACAAGGCUCAAGUGUAUCUCCAAAAGGCGCUUGUCAUCAGGACUGAAAUUGGCGACAGAGAAGGAGAGGCAACUGACUACGAAAACCUAGGUACUAUCUUUGAGUUGCUCGGGCAAUACGACAAGGCUAAAGAGUAUCUCCAAAAGGCGCUUGUCAUCAACACCGAAAUUGGCAAUAGAAAAGGAGAGGCAACUAACUACGGAAGCCUAGGAAAUAUGUUUGAGUCGCUCGGGCAAUACUACAAGGCUCAAGAGUAUCUCCAAAGAGCGCUUGUCAUCAAAACUGAAAUUGGCGACAUACAAGGGGAAGCAUCAUGUUAUGGAAACCUAGGUACUGUGUUUCUGUGGCUCGGGCAAUACCACAAGGCUAAAGAGUAUCUUCAAAAGGCGCUUGUCAUCAGAACUAAUAUUGGCGACAGACAAGGAGAGGCAACUGACUACGGAAACCUAGGUACUAUCUUUGAGUUGCUCGGGCAAUACGACAUGGCUCAAGAGUGUCUCCAAAAGGCGCUUGUUAUCAGAACUGAAAUCGGUGACAGACAAGGAGAGGCAAGUAACUUCGGAAGCCUUGGUAACUUGUUUAAAGUUAUCGGGCAAUACGACAAGGCUAAAGAAUAUCUUCAAAAAGCGCUUGUCAUCACAACUGAAAUUGGCAACAGAAGAGGAGAGUCAUCAGUCUACGCAAACCUUGGUGGUUUGUUUCUGUCGCUCGAGCAAUACGACAAGGCUAAAGAGUGUCUCCAAAAAGCGCUUGUCAUCAAAACCGAAAUUGGCGACAUACAAGGCGAAGCAUCAUGUUAUGGAGGCCUAGGUUGUGUGUUUUGGUCGCUCGGGCAAUACGACAAGGCUAAAGAGUGUCUCCAAAAAGCACUUGUCAUCAGAACUGACAUUGGUAAUGAGGAAGGGAAAGCGGCAGAUCUUGCAAACCUUGGAAGUUUGUCUAGAGAAGUUGGAGAUUAUGAAGCCUCGGAAGUAUACUUGGAGAAAGCUUUUAUCCAUAUCCAGAGAUACUGGAGAUAGAAGAAAAGAGUUCGAAAUCCUUAAAAAAUACGCCAUUUUGUAUUUAUUGCAAAAUAAAAACAAAGAUACCAUGUCGUGUCUUCGUCUGUGCAUUGAAAAGUAUGAGGAGCUGAGAUAUUUCUUGGGCGCCAAUGAUCACUUCAAAACAUCACUUCUGGAGCACUCAGGAAUAUUUCCCUAUAAGCUGCUUUGCAAUUUGCUUUUUGACACUGGAAAUGCUCGGGAUGCUCUUUAUUUUGAGGAGUUGUGUCGAGCUAGAGGCCUAUCAGACUUAAUGGUAGAGAGGUACUCGGUUGAAACGCACAUCUCUGCUAAUCCGCAAUCUUGGUUUGGCGUUGAGAACAUUUUUAGAAAUAAAAAUAACUGUACUUGUCUGUACAUUUCUUAUUUUCACAAUGAUCUGCGUUUGUGGAUCUUAAAGACAAGUGGAGUCCUUCACCAUAGAAGAAUAUCAGUAGAAGAGAAUCUAGUCCAGGCUGGGUUGCCCAAAGAUUUGCCUUUGGAUAAAUUUGUGGAUGAUAAUUUCCGGAGUCUUGGUAUUUUGCCCACUAAAGAUUGUGAAGAUCGAUCGUUAAAUAUGGUUAAAUUGCAACUUCUCUCCCCCGAAAAGAAGAGCUCAGCAAGAUUGCUACUCGUGGAGGAGGACGAGAAAGUGAUUUCAAGUCUAUUUUUGUGUUACAAAAUGUUUAUUGCUCCCGUUUAUGAUUUGCUUGAGGAGCCUGAAGUCAUCAUCGUUCCUGACCGCAGUUUCUACAAAGUUCCCUUUGCUGCACUGAGUGAAAAGGAGGGAGCCGAAUACCUCUCGGAGACUCAUAGGAUCCGUGUCAUUCCUUCUUUGACAACACUCAAGAUUAUUCAAGAUAGCCCAGAGGACUAUCACAGCAACACUGGUGCCUUGAUAAUAGGCGACCCUAAGGUUAAUUGGCUGCCGCCAUUGCCAGGUGCGAGAAAGGAAGCGGAGAUGGUCGGACGACUGGUGGGUGUUCUACCUCUGGUAGGAGAAGAAGCAACGAAGCAGGCGGUGCUUGAGCGGAUAAGUUCAGUGAGCCUGAUUCAUUUUGCUGCCCAUGGUGACGCCGAAAGGGGAGAAAUUGCCCUCUCCCCCAUCCCUAGUACUUCCAACAGGCGAAACGCUAUCUUACCACAUGAAGAUUACAUGUUGACGAUGGCUGAUGUAUCACGAGUGAAAGUCAGAGCUAAACUGGUAGUACUUAGCUGCUGUCACAGUGGAAGAGGUGACAUUAGAGCCGAGGGAGUUAUAGGAAUUGCCCGUGCGUUCUUAGGAUCCGGUGCUCGCUCGGUGUUGGUUGCGCUGAGGGCCAUUUCAGACUCAGCAACAGAGCAGCUGAUGAGUCGGUUCUACGAACACCUUGUAGAGGGAGAAAGUGCCAGUGAAUCCCUCCAUCAGGCCAUGAAGUGGAUGAGAAAAAGAAAGUCUACCAGUGUGUCUGAGUGGGCUUCGUUUACGCUGAUUGGAGAUGAUGUGAGACUCGGGUUUGACAAGCAGAGGUAA